UCUUCAUUUGUUGGUGCCAUUGCCGUUGGAGAUUUGGUUAAGAGUACAUUAGGGCCUAAGGGAAUGGAUAAAAUUCUUCAAUCGACAAGCAAAGGUGACAUUGUGGUUACAAAUGAUGGGGCUACAAUUCUCAAAAGCAUAGCCCUUGAUAAUGCAGCAGCUAAAGUUCUUGAUGAUGAAGUUGGUGAUGGAACAACGACUGUCUGUGUACUAGCAGCAGAAUUAUUACGCGAAGCUGAGAAACUUGUCAACCAGAAAAUUCAUCCUCAAACUGUUAUUGAUGGUUAUCGUAUUGCUAGUGCCGCAGCGUAUAAAGCUUUGGAAGAUUCUACUGUCGAUAACGGCUAA